AUGGAGUUGGCACUGCCCAAUGACGUACUUCUCUUGAUAGGAGAACAGCUAGAGCGAAAGACGGACCGGUGGAAUCUCGUCUUUGCGUCUUCCAACUUCCAUAACUUGUUUCUUCCGCUGGUCUACCGAGAAGUUCAUAUCCACAAUUGGAGAGACGCUAAUUCCUUUCUGCACGCCAUUUUACAACGACCAGGUCUUGCAAGGGCUGUCCGAAAGCUAGAUCUCACCAAAUGGCAAGUGCAAAGUAUGUCUGAUAAUGAAUACCACGAAACUGAGAAUUCUGCCCUGUUAAUCAAAUGGGUGACUGCCGCAUCGCAUUCUCGGAUUGAGAGCCAGCGAUGGAUUGAGUGCCUUGCCAAGGGCCUGAGUGACGCCUGGAUUGCUCUUAUUCUGCCGCUGUUAACCCAGCUGAGAAAGCUUCACUUGACCUACUCGACAAUUUCACCUUACUUGGAGCGGAUCAUGCAAAGAGCAGUGGACUGUGAAGCCCCAUUUGCUGCCCAACCAGCAUUCCGCUAUCUCAACAAGGUCUCGUUGCACCACCAAGAUUUCGACAAUAGGGAUGAUUGGGACAGCCCGAGAGUGCAAUCUCGCGCCCCUUCCAAACUUUUACUACCCUUUUUCCAGUUGCCAUCCGUCCGUGCAAUCACAGCCAACUCCGUAAUGGAUCCUAGCUCUAUCCCCACGGGCGCUGAGCGAUUGGCAGAAGACGAUAGGUUGAGGGUUGGCUUCUCUUCCAUCACUGAGAUUGACCUCCGUGCCAGCAGCGGAAAUCAUGGAAUGGAAAUGCUUAUCGCCUCAUGUGCAAACUUGAAGUCCUUCAAAUAUCAGCACUCGGAUUCUCACAUCUUUUCUCAUGGCUACCAGCCAUCUGCCUUCCAUCGGUCUCUGCGUCACAGCAAGAAGAGCCUUCAAACUUUAUGGCUCGACAAUUAUGGCAGCCAUUACCCUUUCACCGCUGCUGGAUUGAAUCAGUCUCAAGAUGAGUGGUUUGGCUCUCUCGUCGAAUUCAUCGCCCUGCGAGAAGUGCGUGUGCGACUUACCAAUCUUCUGGACAUUCGAUACCAAAACGAGCCAAGCACGCCUCUCAUAGAGUGCCUUCCAUCCUCGCUGGAAACGUUAUACAUUGAAGGUUGUGAGGAGCGAUACCUUGGCAUGCUUGUAUCGCAAUUGCAGACAGUGAUCAAGAAUCGUCUUGGUCGCUUCCCCAGGCUGAAAUGUGUUGACAUCGAGGGCAAAUUCCAAAACGUUCCUUUGGACGAUGACGGUCAUCUCAUCACCUCGGGCCCAGUCCUUGACACUGCGAUCAAGGACAAAGUGUUCCAGGCUGCAGAACCUUUGCACAUUGACUGUGUACAUGCUGGGAUAGACUUGCAUUUGCAUGACCGAGCCCUUGAGCAAGCUUGUUCAUCUCGGGGCUUUUAG